AUGAGAGCCUAAUAAAUUUCAUGGCUUCUUCUCUGCCUGCUGAUCACUCAAGCCACUGCAAUUGAAAAUGGAGCUGUUCAAAAUUCAGUUAGAAUUCUCUCAGUCUCUACUAUCCUUGAUAAAGACAAUGCUUAAAGAAUGGGUUCAUUAAAUGGCGGUACUAGACUUUACAUUAAAAUGGUUGGCCAAGACUCAAGCAUGUCUUCUAAUAACUAAGUUUUUAUUGGCCCAUAUCCAUGUAUUAUUCCAGAAAUGGGUGUAAAUGAAGUUUUUGUUUCAUGUAUUACUACUCCUGCCUAUGAUAGCACUAAACAAAAGAAUCUUCCUGUUGUAGUUUAAGUUGUCAACAGAAGUACUUCUCAGUGCAGUCAGUCUGAUUCAUCUUUGUGUACCUUUUCAUAUUCAGGAUCAUAUACACCAAUUCUUGACAUCAUCUUUCCCCGUGCAGUUGUUCCUAAAGAAGAUUUUUAAUGGUGGGGUACAUUUAGAAUAAGCAAUACCAACUAAAUCACUAAAAUGCUUGUUGGUAAUCUUUUAUGUGAUAGGUUUAAUUUGGGACUGAAUGAAGACACAUCUUACAAUGGUGGUUCAUACAAUAAGCUUACUUGCGAAAUUGAUUAUUCUCACCCUGCUGGUUUCUAUUCUUCUGAAUUCAUUUCACUUCCUGGUGAAGCAAACAAAUAAAGCCACUUAACUACUGUUCGUUCUACUACUCUCGACACUCCUUAUGAUGUACAGAUAGUUUCAUAAUAAACUGGCUAAGGAUCACCUCAAAAUAUAACAUCUUAAGGUGGUUAGUUAACUAUUUAUGCAUCAAAUAUUCCUUCAAAUGCUUCAAAUGUAACAGUAACUUGGAAUAGCUCUGUCUGUGCUAUUAACGAAGUUAAUAAUGAUUUUGGCUACUUCACAUGUACCUUGCCAGCAGGUUUGAGCAGCCCUAUUAUUGAUUCUACUCUCCGUUAUGAGUCUGGCUCUGGAGUACAUUUAUAAGCCUAUAACACAUCUUCUUGGGAUUUUUAUGGAUUGAUCAAUCAAUAUAAAAGUAAUUCUUCCAAAUUAUAAUUAGCUAAAGAAGCAAUUAUUCCUUCUACUGAAUAUUACUACAAUUAUGAUUCGAGAUAAGAUGGUCUUAAUAGAUAAUUUAUUGUCCUAUAAGGUUACUUUAACCCUCCAAGAGAUGGUAAUUACUACUUCCAUACAUCUUCAAGUUACUAUGCUUAAGUCUUACUUCAAUUAAAUGGUGAUAGCACAAAUGAGUCCACAAUGACAGUCAUUAAUUCUAUUUCAUAAUAUGGUACUGAUCUUAGAAAUCCUUACUCCUCUUCUUAUGAUUUACAACAAUCCACCUCAGAUAACUUGACAAUAACAUUAAAAUAAGGACAACCUUACUAUUUUAAGAUUUAUGCUCUAGCUUCAAGCUCUAAUAACUUCUAUCUCAGCACCGGUGUAAGAAUUCCUGUUGGAGUAAACCAAAGCAAUCAAUAAAACAUUUACCCUAAUUCAGUUGGGUAAAUAUCAAGAUUUAAAAUUAAUUAUGCCUUCACCAAAGAAGUAGUGAGGAUAUCUUUUUCAGAUUUAAAUACAGCAAAAAAAGGUAGCUUUGGAAUGAAUUUCAUAUCCCCUUUUGGAACUCAACUAAAAUCCUAAUCAAAUAUAUGGGUAAUUACAUCUGAAAAAUAUAAUAGAGAUACUCCAUGCUCUUAAAUAGUUUGGCAUUUCUCCUUCUAUGCUGGAGAUCAGAGUACUUGUGUUUAAUCUGACAUCUUAGAUUCAAACAAAAAUAAGAUUGGUACAACUUGGGAACUAACUUUCUAAUCUCAUCGUAACUAUGAUGUCUAACCAACAUUCAAUUUUGAUUCCAUUUUGUCAACUAAACCUGUCUACAUGGUUGUUGUACCAGCUGGUUAACCAUUAUCAGGAACUUUCCGUAUGAAAAUUAAUGGAAAUUAUCUCCAAUAUUAACAAAAUCCUGAUAUUCCUUUUAACAUUUGGGAAUCAGACUUAUGUGGAGCAUUACAGCAAUCAUUAAAUUCAACUAAUAUCCAUUGCACUAGUAAUUUUAAUUUUAUUGAUGGUUCAGAGUGGAUACUUGAUUUCUAUGGUUUUUCAAGUCCUAUACUUAUAGAAGGUGUUUUAUCAGAGUCUAAACUAAUCGGAGAACCUGGAACUAUAACACUUGUAGUAGACACUCUUAGAGCUGCCUCUUCAUCUUACUUAAACUAUCCAGCUAUAGAAACCGAAUUGUUAACUCAACGUUCUACUUUACCCUAUGCAAAUAUAAGAGUAAACGGAGUUUUGGCUCUCGCUUCCUUAACUAAUUAGCAACUUGUUGUCAAUUUGCUAAAUGACUCUUAAGCAUUAAAAUACUCUAGCUUCACAGAUGAUAAUGCUUCAAUCCUGACAAUCUCUGGAAUUACUGCUGUUGGUUUUACUCCUAUUGUUUCUAAUUUCCAAGUAUAUUAUAAUGGAGUUAAAUGUAUAAUUACUACUUCACCUUCUUCCCCUUUCUCAGGCGUAAUUACUGCAGUGUAUCCUUAAAAGAUUGCAGGAAUUUAUAAACCAGUAGUUUUUUACUCAUCAAAUGGUGUUGCGCUCUCAAAUGGAGUUAAUCCAAAAACAACAUAACCUAUUAUUUCUUCAAUAAGUACCAAUAUUAUAUAUAGCUUUGGUGGUACUACUUUAACAAUAAUUGGUUAAUAUUUCCCUACCUCUGCUGAUAAUAAUUUGUCUGUAACUAUAGGGUCUGUUUCUGCAACUAUCCAAUCUUCUUCUAAUACCUAGAUUGUGAUUAUAACACCUUUAGGUCUUACAGAAGGUACUGCAAAUAUUAUUGUUUCAUACAAUGGAUUAGUUAGCAACCCACUAAAUAUUAAUAUUAACAACAGUGGAGCUAUAACUAUCACCACAAUUGACAAAACAAUAGUUUCACCUGUAGAUAAAACUCUUAUCACAGUCUCAGGUAGCAAUUUUGGUACAGAUGAAACCAAGUUAACAGCUUAUUUAGACUCUGUUGAUUAAAGUGGAAAAUUAUUAAAGUAUGCUUAAUACAAUGUAAAUGUAGUUAAAGCAAAUGGAAAUUCAGCAUAGAUUUUAUUAGGUGGAGGUUUACCAGGUUAUUACUAGCUUAGAGUUGUCUAGAUAGGAUUAGGAAGCAACAAUCCAACAGGAGCGAAUAAUAUAAUUUAAUACAAUAUUAUAUUAAAUUCAUUCAGUCUAAGUAAAGUUUCUGCUUAUGGUGGUGCUUAGUUAGUUAUAAAUGGCAUAAAUUUUGCAACUUCUGCUUUAAAUGAUAACUAAGUUUUAAUAAUUUAUUAAGAAGGAUACUCGGAAUUCUGUAUCAUAACAGCUGCAACUUCUACAUAAUUGACAUGCACACUUCCUAAUAUGGUAAAUCAUAUCCCCUCAGGAGUGACAUAAAAAACAUAUAAUAUUGAAGUUUGGGGUAAACUUAUUGCCUAAGCAAUAAUAAACUAAACAUCUCCUUUUAAUCCAUAAAUUACUUUCGAUCUAAAUUUAUCACUAUAAGUUACUUCCAUUAGUAGCUUUUAAUAAAUUUUCAAUAAACAAUAUGCUGUUUUAGGUAAUAAUUUCCCAACAGGUGCUGGGGCUUUCUCUGUUGUUGUGAUAGGCUAAGAAAAUAUCCCUGUUUAAAUUAAUUCAGUUAAUUCUACUGCUGUUAUAUACACACUUCCAAAUUUACCUUAAGGAAACUAUUCUAUAACUCUUCGUACAGCUAAUGGUGACAGUCCAUAUGUGUAAAUUUAAGUGAUUGAAUACACCUAUCCUCUUUCCAAUCAAUAACUGUAUACUGUUUCUUCUGCAGGUGCAGAAAUAACCCUCACCAUGUCUGGUAAUGUACCAAACUAAAAUCCUGCUUUCAAAUUUAAUGGAAUUUAAGCAAAACUCAUUUCUUAUAAUAAUUCUACUGGUUAGGUUCUAAUUAGACUUCCCCCAUCUUCAGUUGGGUCAAAUAAAUAACUUCUUUCUAUAAGAAGUACUUUAGUUCCACUAGACAACUAAGGAAAUAUACCUUGGAUCUCUCACAGUAACUUAUUCACUGUUAUUGCUGCUACCUGGUAGGUUUCUAAUAUCUAAGUUAGCGGUAAUAGUAUUACUAUAACUGGUACAGGAAUUAAUAACUUGAAAACUGCUUAUUUGUAAUAAUCAAGUAAUAAUGAAUAAAUAUUCUCUUCAAGCAUUAGCUCUUAAUCUAGCUCAAGUGCAGUUAUUUCUUUUGCUAAUGCACCUGCUGGUGUUUACUAGUUAUAUCUGCUUGACUCUUCAAAUAAUUAUCCAUCUAUCUAAAAUAAUUAAGUUGUAUUCCCUCUUGCUGGUCUAACUUCUGCUCAAGUCACUUCAUCCUAUGCUGGUGGCUAAUAAUUCAUUAUUAAUGGUAAUGGAUUUAAUAUUCAAAACUUCAAUUAAAAUGGAGUAACAAUCUGUGGUAAUUAAGCUAGUAUAUUAGAUGUGACAACUUCUACUCUAACUUUAUCUACACCACCUGCCUAUUCUGCAUUUUCAAGAAACAAUUAUUAAUUCCCAGCAGAUAAUAUAAAUCCUUUGAGCGGUUUCACUACAAUUAGUGAUGACUCUAAUGGAAAUUCUUAAUAUUUAAAUGACGGUGAUUUACUUUUCUAUUAUUCUAGCUCUAAUGCAUCUUCAUGUUACUGUGGUUUUAACUUUGGAAGUUCCACCUAGGUCGUUUUAAGUAAGUUUUAAUUAUACCCAAGAUCGCAAGGCGUAAGUGAUGCUUCUGCUUUCUUUGGAACAUAAUUCUAAGCUUCUGUUGAUGGUACAAAUUGGGUUACUUUACUUACUAUCGGAAGUGAUUUCCAUUUGGGUAAAAAUAUGUAUCUGAUUGAUACAUUAAUAACUACAAAUCCCUCAAAGACUAAUGAUUUAAAGGCUGCUUAUUAAUAAUUUAGAUUAUAUGAUUCAACUGGCUAAUCAAAAUGUUAGCUUGUUGAAAUCUAACUCUUUGGGUGGAAGUAAGGCACUUAAGUUGAAAGUGGCAAUACUCUUUCUUGCCCUGUUUAAGUCUAAGUCAAUGGUUCUCCUGCUUUUAGUUUGACUAAUAAUGUCGUUUAUGAUUAGGCAAAGACUUUUAUUGUGAAUAGUAUUUCUCCAAACUAUGGUAGUAUCAAUGGCGGUACUUCAAUAACUAUAUCUCUUGACAGAGCUCCUGAGAAUGGUUCAACUGCAACUGUAACUAUUGAUGGCGUAGCCUGUAAAAAUCCCUCUAUAUCUUCUUCAACAAUUACUUGCGUUAGCGGUAUGAAGUAAAACACUGUAAGCUCGUCUUUGGUUGUUUAAGUAAACUAAUAAAAUGCUAUAAAUAAUGGAAUUAUAUUCUAUUAUGGCUAUUUGUGGUCUGAUCCCAAUACUUGGGGUGGAAGCUUUGCUCCUAUAGCAGGUGAUUUAGUUUAUGUUGCAUAAGGAAAGAGCAUAAUCAUAGAUGUACCAUAUAUUGGUAUCUUAAACACAAUAGUUGUUUCUAAUGCUAACCUCAUUUUUGCUAAUGACAAAAAUAUCCAUUUAGAAGCUUACAAUAUUUUAGUAUAGAAUGGUAAUGUUAUAAUUGGUACUUAAAGUUCACCUGUAACUGGAAAUAUAAGGAUCACUAUGCAUGGUAAUAUAAAUGACUAAUAAUUCCCCACAGUUGGUAGCAAGGGUCUUUCUAUAUAUAAUGGUAGCAUUGAUAUCCAAGGUAAACCGCGUGCUGUUACAUGGACAGAGCUUUCCCAAACUGCUAAUAUUGGAGAUAACAGUAUUCAAGUUUUCCUUAAAGAUUCUGCUUUUGAUUGGUAAGUAGGUGAAGAAAUAGUAAUUGCUUCGACUGAUUAUGCAGAUGGUCAUGCUGAGCGUCGUAUAAUUACUAAUGUAGUUAGGAAUAAGGAUGGAACAACUGCAACAAUAAGUUUCUUUAAUCCCUUACUUGCCUAACAUGUUAGUGUUUCAAAUGAGUAAUAUGCUAGUGGAUUAUUCAGUGUUAAUAUGAGAGCAGAAGUAGGUCUUUUAACUCGUAAUGUAGUUUUUGAAGGUGAUGAUUCUUCUGUCUAAACUCAGUAUGGUGCUCAUUUAAUGCUCCAUGGUUCGCAAACAAGUGCUCGUAUUAGAUUCGCCGAAUUCAGACGUACAGGUCAGCCAGCUAUUAUUGGUAGAUAUCCUAUACACUUCCAUAUGGUUGGUGAUGUUUCUGGUUCUAUAGUUGAAGGUAAUGCAGUCCAUGACUCAUUUGCAAGAGUCCUUACAAUCCAUGCAACUCAUUACCUCCAUGUCAAAAAUAAUGUUGGUUUCAAUUGCGCAGGUCACAACAUUUUCCUUGAAGAUGGUAUAGAAACAAACAACAUAAUUGAGUAGAAUCUUAUUUUAGGUACAAAGUAAGUUUGGUCUAUGCUCUAAUCUGAUAUUACAGCAGCUUCUUAUUGGAUAACUAAUCCUCUAAACUAUGUAUUCAAUAACAGAGCAGCAGGUGGAGAUUUUUAUGGUUUCUGGUAUGAAAUUAAAGAACACCCUGAUGGACCUUCUGCUAGAAAUGAUAUUUGUCCUCAAGGUAUGGCUUUGGGCUAAUUUACUAAUAAUAUUGCCCACUCAUAUGAUCGUUUUGGGUUGAGAAUAUUUGUUUUGACUAACCUUUAAUAUCCAUGCUAACCUUAUAGAGAUGAUAGCUAACCUAAUCCCUUUGUUAAUAAUACCUCCUUCUUAACCACUUGGUCUAAUUUUGUUUCUUAUAGAAAUAAUGAAGACGGUGUAUUAGCUGAGAAUGUAGGCAAUAUGGUCUUUAAUAAUUUCACUUUAGUUGGUAAUAAAUAAUCAGGUUUUAAUGUUUACUUGACUAACAGAACUGAUGAAUAUGUCAUUCUACAAAAUUCUCUUAUUGUUGGAUAAUCAACAGGAAAUCCUGCUUUAAUUUCCGAUUUGCAAAAUACCUAUGGCGCUAUCACUCCUCGUACAGAUGGUUAUAGAAUUCAAAAUGUUCAUUUUGCUAACUUCAUUCAAAAUAUGACAGUUUUCAAAUCUUGCUCAGGUUGUUCAAAUUUCAUGUUAUGGGUUUAGGGUGGUAAACUUACUUUAUUUAAAGGAAUUAGCUAUGAAAAUAUAUCAACAUCUAACUUUAUGUUUUGGGAUAAUUGGAGAAGAGAAAUAUAUCAAGAUUUAGAUGGAACAUUAACAGGAAGAGGCUCUCAAGUAUGGGUUACUCCAGCUGGACCUCAUCUCGUUAACUAGACUGCCUGCUCUACAAGUUAAGAUGAACAAACUAAAUGGAAUAAUGCAGUUAUAUGCAGCUCUCAGAUAGUUAGAAUUGAAUUUAGUAAUCCUACUGAUCCUAAUGACUUUUUAGCAAAAUCUCUAUUUGUUUUGCCAUGUGAUAAUACUGGUAAGGCUAUUGGAGGAGCUUAAAUUUCAGAUUACUAUGUAUCUCAGACAUAAAGAAUUUUAAAUCCUGCUGGUGAUCUUACAGGUGGUUUUGUUGGUACCUUCUUAGCUGGUUAAAUAUUCUAAGUUCAAUGGGAAUUAUCAUAGAUUGAUUUCACUCAUUUUAGUGUUGGACUUUCUCCUUAUCACUCAGGUAGUACUGCAGCAGACACCAUAUUAAUCAAAUUCCCUAUUAAGGAUUACAGAGAAACAUGGUAAAAUUUCUAAAUGAUUGCCAAUAAGAAUGUUCAACCUUAUUAGAAUGUUACAGCAGAUUAAGAUCCAACUGCCCUUACAACUAUGAAGAAUCUGAACUGUAAACAUGGCGAUUGGUACAAUGAUAUUGCUGGACAAGCAAUGUGGUUAUGUUUAAAUGCUAAUGGAAGACCUAAAGCUACAAAUAAUUAAUAUUUAGAAAGAGUUGAUCUUAAUGCUCUGAGCUGUUUAGUUAACUGUCCACUCCCUCCUUUCAAAUGCAAAAAGGAUGGAAUUUCAAGAAGGAUAAGCAAUCUUGCUACUUGGUAAGGUAUUACUUUUGAUGGUAACCCAGGUAUUGUGCUUAAUACUCAAGGAAACAGUACCUUAUAUAUACCUUGCCCUUGGGAAGUUGUUGUAGACUAGGAUAUAACCUAAUAUUCAUAGAUUAUAGUUGAAGGUAACUUACGUGUUGAUCCUACAAAGAAUAUUAAUGUUUAAGCUAAUGGAAUAUGGCUUAGAGGUGGUAUGUUCAUAGCAGAAGGUGCUACUCCAGGUACUCCAUACACAAACAAUUUAACAAUUAUUCUUACUGGAGAUAGAGAUUAGCAAACCUAAUUUUUAGUAGACUCUUAACUAGAUGUAGGAAAUAAGGUUAUUUUGAACACAGGUAAUUUUACCUUACUUGGUAAUCCUCCAGCAACAACUGCUACUCGUCUAGCUGCUUCCAUAAAUCCUGGAGAUAAAUCAAUAAAUGUUGUAAGCGCAAGUGGAUGGAGUGUAGGUGAUGUAAUAGCAGUUGCACCUACCUAGCUAGAUGCAAAGGAAAAUGAAGUAUUUAGUAUUUUUUCGAUAAAUGGAAAUACAAUUACCCUAAACUCUACAGUCUAAUUCUAUCACUUUGGUGCAUUAAGUGUAACUCUUUCUGAAACUUGGGGAAGCUAUUCUCAAGAACUUGAUCUUCGUGCACAAGUUCUUCAUCUCACUCGUAAUAUUAAGAUUGUAGGAGCUCCUGUUAGCUAAGGUAUUCCUUGGGGUUGCAGAGUUUUAAAUCAUUAUUGGGAGAUAGUAUCUGAUGGCAGUGGUAAUCCUCUUCCUGAUUUGAAAUAACUCCAUUUACGUGGUAUUGCAACUUGGAAUGGUGUAGAAAUGAGGAACUGCGGUUAAGCAGACUCUUCUCGUGGUGGUCUCGAUUUCCUUUAUAAUGGCUCUGAUAAUGGAAAUUAAAUUGUAAGUGUUGUCUCUAAUUCAAGUUUCCAUGAUUGUCCUGGAUAUUGCACUAAUAUAGAGUAAUCUUCAAAUAUAAAAUUGGUAAAUAAUAACUUCUUUAGAGGAAAACCAAUUUUUAUUAGAUUUUACUAAUCAAAAAAUAUUGCUUUAACAAAUAACCAUUUUGUUGCAGCUCUUGAACGCGAUUAUUCUUAUGACUCAAGUAAUAUGGCUUAUGACAUGAAUACUGCAAUUUACUUCUUAUCUACAUAAGAUCCUAUAGCUGAUAAUAUUCUAAUUAACAAUAAUUAAGUUUAAGGUUCUUAAGGUCCUUGUCUAGCCUUAGUACAUACUCCUUGUAGUAGUGUAUCUAAUAUUUCAACAAGUGUUGGCAUCUGGGGUAACUAAGCUUCAACAUGCUUAGUAGGAUCUUUAUUCAAAUCUUCACUAUCAGGUUGUUAAUGGGCAGGUAAAAUUGCAGUUGCUCGUUCUGUUAAAGGCAUUAUGGUUAAUCCUGAAUAGCCUGGAAUCAUCGUUGAACAUGUUCUAGCUGCCGAAUCCAACCGUUCUAUCAUUCUUCGUUUUGCUCAUUAGGGUUACAGAAAUGUAGGCCAAUUCUAAAAUUCUUCUGUUUAUGCUAUAGCUAUAACUAAUGAUCCCACAGCUUAUGAUAGUACUUAAAAGGCCAAAGUCUGUUAAGGUGGUUCAGGUACUUAAAACUUGGUAGUUACAGAAGGUGGUGAGAAUUAUCCACUCAUAAUGCCUCCUCUUUCAUUUGAUGUCAUUUGCACAUCUGCUGUUUUCGACUCUUCUCUUUACUAAACAAAUGUCAAAUAUGUUAACUUUAAGAAAACUUAUUCAGAUGCAAAUUUAAGCAACUGUAGAGAUAACCACAUGAUGGCUACUCAUCCCAGUGCAUCAGAUCACACUGCUGGUACUUAUAACAGUAAUGUUACAUGUGUUAAUUGCAAUGUAGAUGCAUAUUUUAAUUUCAUGUCAGCUGACCCUGGUUGGGCAGGCUGGUUUGGUGGCUGUGGACUCUUCUUAUGUACAGGACCAGAAAAUGUUUUAAAUGUUGAUUUCACUGGUAGUCUUUUCAAUGGUGUUCCUACUACAGGUAUUUCACACAAUUUAGGUAUAGCUUCUAAAAGCUGUACUGCUUAGCCAAAUUGGAAUAAUGCAUAUUCUUGUAAGGGUACUGAUUAUGUUUAGCUUGAAUGGUAAUCAGAAGCUGCUGACCAUAACCUAAGAUCAACAGCACCAUGCAUGCUAACAUCAUUGGAUUAAACAUACAGUAAUAAGAUAAAUAUGUUUAAAGAAUGGUAAUGGGAUGGAAGUGAACCUAAAAAUUUGAGAGAAAAUAGAUACUACGCUACUGCUCUUACCAACACUGUUUACAAUAUUGCUUAUAAUGGUCUAAAUCCUUACAACAUUAUACACAGAAUAUAGUAGAGAACAAACGAUAAUGUCGGAGAACCUAAUAUUUGGGUUAUUUUCAUAUUGGAGUACUAAGUUCCAAAUAACAUAGAGGUCUCAGUUGAUGGUUCUUCAGCAAUCGAUCCUUAUCUUCCUUCUGAAAAUAUUGAUCUUACAACUAAAACCAACACUUGUGGUGCAAAUAUAUACAAUUCUCAAACACAUACUGUUCAAUUUGUAAUAAAUGGGGCUGCUAACUGCUUAGUUCGUGUGUAAGUCCUUGAUACAGUUCGUCUCAAAGUUAGUGUUUAAAUGUCUGUUUAACAGUUCUUCGAAAACAACAACAAGUUCAGUUUUAUUUCAGCAGUUGCCUCUUUCUUAGGAAUAUCUGAUUAUUCUCGCAUUAAAGUUGUUGGUACUUCCACUAGCAGCAGAUUCUUGCAAAAUGGAUAGGCUUCUUCUUCCUCAUCAGCAAGUUCUAAUGGAUUUAAUCUAAUACUGGAUAUUACAGAUAAGCGUUCAUAAUCAAGCUAGAUAGACCCAAGUAUAGUACAUUAAGACCUCGUAAAUAAAGCUGCAUAGCUUUAGGCUGGCCUUUAGAGUAAUUCAGUCUCUGGGUUAUCUCCAAAUACAUAUUCUAUUAUUUCAUCAGAAGUGUAUGUGUCAACUAAUUCUGAUGGUGGUAUCUAUGGUCAGAAUGCCAAUCCUAACACACCAAUAGUUAAAUAAUCGUCAUCCAGCUCUGAUGCAACAUUAGCAAUAGUCCUUGGUGUAGUUAUUGGUUUGAUUGUAGUUAUUAUAGUUGUUGUUGGUUUCUGUGCUUUCAAGAGAUAUAAAUUAAAAUAAAAUAUGCUAAAAGUUCAAAACGUAGAGGUUGAUCAUUCAAUUUAAAUCGAACCUGAACAGAACUAAAAAGAAGCUGUUAAAGCUACUCCAUCUAAUAUUGUUGCACUAGACCCAUCAGUUGAAUAAUUACAAGAAAAAGCCAAUAACUCUUCAGCUCCAUUCUAAUGUUGA